AUGGAGUUCCUCGCUCACAGCGGCUCGUGCUGGCGCGGCUCCCGCUCGGACCCGCGCGAUUUGGACGCGCUGCUGCAGUACAUCGAGGGGCCCGCGCGCCACGUGGACCGCGGCAAGAAGCGCGCCAAGAAGCAGCGACAGAAGGCCAAGAAGACGGAGGCGCGUCUGACGGAGGCGCGGGCAGCAUUAGCGACGGGUUACGCGGCCGCGCGUGGUUACGUGGCGCCGCUGGCCGCCGCCCACGCGCAGGCUCAAGCGAGACUGAAGGAGUACCGCGCGCAACUGCAGAACACUAAGAAAGGGAUCGAUGGUGAAAACAGGCAUCCUGCGUACGCGCAGGCUCAAGCGAGACUGAAGGAGUACCGCGCGCAACUGCAGAACACUAAGAAAGGCAAGAAAAAGUUGAGUCCAGCUCAGCAAGCGAAGGUCCAGCUUUUCGCGGAGCAGAUAGGCGAGCUGACGAACCUCGUCAACACCAGUGCUAAGGAAUUGGCAGCGGCUGAGAAACAAGUGCAGGAAUGGUCGGCGCGACUGCAGGAGUGCGAUCGACAGCUGGCUGAGGCCAGGGCCGCGCAGGGCAAGCCGCACGCGCAGCUGGACCAAGCAGCACUGCUACAACAACAAAAGAACACGGCGGAGUACAAGCAGAAAGUGCAGGAACAUCAGAUGGCGCUGAAACAACAACAGAUGGAGCAGCAGAAGUUGGAAUUGGAGAAACAGAAGCGAUCGGCUGCUGUGGAAUUCAUCCAAGAAGGCGACAGAGUGGUUUGUGUGCGACGCCGCGCCGACGCGCCCGCGCCGCUCCAACAUUUGCUCAGCAACCACAACAUACUAAACAUGAUGAAAGAAGACACAAAUACGCAAAAGCAGCCAGAAGUACGCACGAAGCAAACCUGGGAACAAGCGCUAGCACAUAUCAACCAGCUCGCCAAGGGCACGCAGAAGAAAAAGCAAAAAGAAGAGAAGCAAGCGAAGCAAGAAGCGAAGCGAGCGGCGGAAGCGAAAAAAGCGGCCGAAGCGAAGCCCAAACCACCUCCAGUAGAAGAAACGCCACCACUGUCCAAGAAACAACGGAAGGCUCUGGCUAAACAACAGGCGGAAGAAGAAGAAAGAAAGAGACAACAACAGGAGCAGCAGCAAAAGAACAAAAAGACAGAAGCGAAAAAAGCGGAGCCCGCGAAAGCGGAACCUAAGAAAGCUGACAAGAAGAAAGAGACAGAAGCUAAGAAACCUGAGCCGGCCAAGAAGAAGGAAGAAAAGAAAGAUAAAAAAGCUGAGAAGAAAGGAAAAGAGAAUAAACUGGAGAAGAAUACCCCGGCGCCGGCGCCCAAACAAAAACAGCCGCAGCCACAGCCGGAACCUAGCAAGAAGAAAGAGAAGAAGAAACAACAGGCAGCUGAACAACCUAAAGUCAUUAAUAUCACGCAGGAUACUACCCUUGAAGUUGUCAACAAGAAGAACCAGUGCAGCAAUGAGCCGGAGAAACCGGCGUCUUGCAGCAUCAUGGAACAACUCAGCAGCGGAGUUCAGAAAUCGUGUCACGGAAGCAUGUCUCAACUAAAUGUGGCGGAUUUGCGACUACCCCCGGGCAUAACAUUAACGCGAGUGCAGCCUACGGAGAAGAAAGAAGCGCCCUCUAUCAAGUCUGUGCCUCUAUGGAAGUGCGGCGCCCUAGCGGCAACGCCGACGCCGGUAGCGCGGCCGCCGCCGGUCAUACACGCCGAUCCUUCCAUGAUGAUGUUCGCCCAUCACCAGCCUGAACCUCCAAAACCAAUAAUCGUUCCGGAGCCGCCGCCACCGGCGCCCCCCGCCAAGUCCAAAAAGGCCAAGAAGAAAGCAAAGAAAGCCGCCACCGAGGAACCCAAGCCCGACGCCAAGAUGGUCACACUAAGAAACCCGAUGUUCCAUCCAAAUCUACCUCCAGUCCAAGUCACCUCUGCUCCAGUUCAGAAAAAAACAGAACAGAUCAGGAUACCUGAUCCUAUACCGAUGCCGCCGACCCCUUGCCAAGCAACUAUUACUCCUACGUCCAAUGGAAUGUACACAAUCAGAAACCCUCUCAUGUCUAUGAUGCAUCAACAAAGUUUAAUGGGAAUGCGCCCCCAAACGCCCCAAGUAAAUCCCAUGUACAAUCCACAGUUCAACUACGUCAAUCCAAAUGUCUACAAUCCAGUGCAGACAGUCCCGAAUCAGUACAUGGAGAGAACUUCACCUAAACAGGACGAGUUUCAAAAUAGGAUCAUGAAUUUGGCAUCGUUCACACAAAAGAACGAUGAGGGGUAUUCCUUGUUCAAGACCAACGAUGAUCAUCAUCAGAGGAGCUUCCUAUCACCGGAGUACUACGUUGACAAUGCCAGCCCGAAGCCAGUGGUCUCACCGAACCCAAUUGGAACGAGACCGAACAACGAAUCUAACCGUUCCUUCGAUUCAAACGACUCAUCACUAUUUGCAAAUCCCAUACAGAGACCGGAGCCAAUUGGGACUCCGUUGAAACGUGAUGAAGAAAGGAACGAUUUCACCGGACUGUACACUCCGUUUGGGCAUGAAGACAGGAAUGUGUUCCGCAGUGCACUGUUCAGUGAUAAGUGUGACAUCGGUGGGAACGCUGGCAAGUUUGACGAUGUGGCCAACCAUAUGGCCAACGGUGACUCGCUGCCUUACUUCCAGAGGCUACGUGUUGGGUCCAAGCUAAACAACGAAGUGACCAUACACCAUGUGACGGAGUCCAAGUUUUACAAAGGGCAGGAGCCCAUAGAAGGCGAGUCGCUGUUCUCUCGCAUGCACAGCGGCUGGCCGGCGCCGGCGCCGCUCAGCAACAACAACAAUAUCGGGCCUCCCCACCAAUCCGCCCGCUCGUCCCCCACGGGAUCCUCGCUGUGCUCGUCUGCCGGCGCGUCCGCCGAAGACGACGCGCCCUUCGGAGCCGUCGGCACGCGCCACGCGACCAUACAUGCUCACGCGGGCUCGCACGUGGGCUAAACGCAGAUAUCACGUGCUACACUCGACGCAAGGACUCGUGGCAGGCGGGGACAUUAGUAAUUUUUGAAACAGAUGCACACUCACCAAUAUUUUAUUAAUAGACGUGUUGCCACCACCUAUCCAAUUGACGUACUUUUUUAAACUAUCAAAACGAGACUCUCCCAUAGAUUUUGUAUGGCAAUACUGGCAAGUGACGUCACUACAUAUUUUGUCGACUCAAUUAAACCACUUUUACAAUUACAAUGUAACCAAAAAUCUUAAUUUACAGGUAAUAUAAAUUAAUUAAAUUGUUAAUACCAGAAUGAAGUCUUUUUAAAAAAGUAGUGAUUUCGAAUUAUUUGGGAAUGGUGUCAAAUACAUAGUCCAUUGUUACGUAAUAUAAACAACUCUAUGCCUGCUUCUUUGUGACGUCACUCAUAACGAGUGCAAAUACGAUAGAAAACGUGAUAUGCACUGUCUUAUUAUUACACCACCUGUCACGAGUCUGCGCCGAGUAUAGUGUACUUUUGACAUCAUAGUCUUGAUUCACUACGAGAAUGUAUUUUGCCGAUUGCCACGUCGCGGUCUAACCCGAGUGACUAAAAAAAAUUGCAUAGGCUAUAAAUAACAUGAAUAAAUUGAACUGCCUACGGCGGGAAUCGAACCUGUGAAAUUGUGGGUUCGAUUCCCUCCUUAAGCAGUUCGAUUUUUUCAAGUUUUUAUAACUUAUUUUAAGUAGCAUCUCUAGAUGCUACGAAAACGAUUUGAAUAGGUAUUUCCUUGAUUUGCGCCGCAUUUCAUUCAUUUAGAUGACAUAUGUAUCGUGCAAUAUGGAUAAAAGUUUGUCGUGGCACGUAUCCUAAGUCUACUGCAUAUUUUUUGUUUCGCUGUAACUGUUUUUAUGCGAUUUUCAGUAAAAAAAAAUACAUUUUAAAGAUUAUUUUGGCAUACGUUAGUCCCCACCGCUUAGGAAUAAUUUCCUUCUUUUUAUUAAUUAUAUUGGAGAAUAAUUUAUUUAAACAUUAAUUUUAAUAUUAUAUGAAUACGUGUAAUUUCCAAAGUUAUUCAUGUACAAUUAGUCAGUGCUAGACUAUGAUGUCAAAUGUAAACCAAAUGAUAAACUAACGGCAUAUACUGACCGCGUCAUAUCUAAGGUCUUAGAGGGUAGUUUUGGGGUGCAACUUAAUCACCCUUUUAUACACGUUUCUCUCACACGCCAUACUCAUCGCUUAUAACGUUAGCUGUUGCAAAUUAACUCGGACAAAUUAUUAACGUUUUACGUUUUUUAAUAUCUGUCACAAUUUAGUACUUACAGAGCUGGCCUGUAUAUCCAAAAUUGUACUAUAGGAAUGUUCUUUUUCUAAUCUUUGUCACUCGUUUAAAAAACUGUUUCUCUGAGCUACGUUUUAUUGCAAUAGCUAUAUGAGCAGUGAGUGUGGUAUAAUAGCUACACUUUAAUCGAAUGUUGACCAUUCGACAACAUCCUUCGUAUUUUUAAUUGAUAUACAAAUUUUGUCUACCACUAUUUUAUUUGAAAUAGUUAGUUUCUUUCUUAAAUUAUCAUGUAUCUGUUUUUGUAUAUUUGUGAUUUGACUAAUGUGUAGCUAAUCAUGAGAUCAAAUGUGGAAUAUUUCUUCAUUGAUAUAAAUGUAAAGAAUUAUUGGACAGCAAGUUCAAUUGCCAAAAGUGACGAUAUAAAGGAUUUUGAAUUGUAUGUCUUAAAAAUAAGACUUAAAUUGUACUUUAGUACAGUACACCGACAAGCCAAUGGAUUUUUUGUAAUACAGUCAGUCAAAUAUUUCGUGACACCCAAAGUAUUCAAUAAGUUCGCAACACGUCUUAGUUACAAUUGCAAUAACUUUUUGCCCACUUUGAGCGUCACAAACUAUUUAACUGACUGUUCUUUAACUAAUAAAAUUUGUUUAAUGUUACUACAAUAAUACUUUUCUUAUUAUAAAAAAUCCAUUGGUGAAUACAUGUCGGUGUAUAAAAAUAUUUACUUGACGUUAACACGGUUAUGACAGUGAUGAAAAUCACUUACCCAAAUGUGACUGUACCGUUUUCGGUAAAACUACAUAGAUUGUGAGUGACACAUCCAAGAUUGACAAAAAUGUUUCGUCCAACGUUCAUUGCAAUUUGGAUUUAAUUUGGGUGCAUUUAAAAUACGUUUUUGAAUGUACAUAAUAGUUUUCAUGCUGAAAUUUUUAUUUCUGGUCAAAUAUUUGCAAAUUGAUCGAUUCAUAAAUUAAUUGUUAUCUCUAGUACACCAAGGUUCAUUUUGCUCUGGACAGUUAUCGCAAAUAUUUGACCAAAUACGCCAAGUGAAUGCUGCAUUGUGUGGGUAGUCAGUUGCACAGGAAUGUAUUCACUUCGGGCAGACGUUGAAUCUUAUUUCAAGUGUAUACGGUUUAAAAUUGAAUAGAAAUAUGUAGUUGCUUGUGCAUCUGACUAUACAUACCAUACGAACGAUUAUUUUCGUAUAAAAUGAAAGAAAAUAUUUCUUGUCACAAAGUUUUAUAUUGAUGAUUUAUUAUUUCUGCCAAAAUUGUGAAUGACGUACAUUAUUUAAUAUAAAUCAUGGUAUUAAAUACCAUAAGUAUAUAUUAUGUAAUCCCAAGCAUCUGGUAUACAACGGGUGGGACGCAAUUUGACAGUUGAACUUGAGCGUUAAAUGACAGCUGUCAAAAUAACUUGUACAUUACACACCACAUAAAAGCCUGUAGUUUGCCAGAUGCUUUGGAGUUUGACGAACUUAAGCAUGACUAUAUUUUUAACAGUGUAAAUCUUUAAAAAUGUUUUGUCAUCCCUGACAUUUAAGUCGUGGAUAAUUUUGGCAACCCUACAAUGAAAGUUGGACGUACAACGUCAAGUUAACUGCGCACCUCGCUGAAUGCGUCGAUGUGACGUCACGGCCGCCAGGUGUGCAGUUAACUCGACGGUUGUAAGAACUCGCGAGAGACCUCGCCAUUGAGCCCGAUUGUAUUUAGUAAUCACUAUAAGCGCCACUAAGCAUAGUAUCUUGUAUCACUAUAUAUAAUAGAAUGAUUUUGUCUGUAUGUCGUCUGUGCAGAGGUUGUAACGACGUAUCUGAUAAGUAAAAUGUAUAUUAUAGCUGA